GUUACCUACAUGUCCAGGAGGACGGAGUUAUCGGUCCAAUCUGGUUGUUUGUUGUGGGGGAGACGUAUCAUUAUUGCACCACCAUUGAAAUCACAGAUGUUAGAACAGCUACAUUCCAGUCACUGUGGAAUAGUGCGCAUGAAGGAAAUUGCACGAUGCUAUUUUUGGUGGCCUGGAUUGGACAGUGCUAUUAAAGAGAAGGCAAAAGCUUGUAUGUCAUGUCAGGGUGUGAGGAACGCACCCAAGUGGGCACCCCUACACCCAUGGGACUGGCCUGAAAACCCGUGGCAACGUAUUCACAAUGACUUCACUGGCCCCCUUGAACGAAGCGUGUUCUUGGUGGCAGUAGAUGCCCAUUCUAAAUAGCCAGAAGUCUCUAUAAUGCAGUCCACUACUGCAGAGAGUACUAUCCAAAAACUAUGGGGACUUUUUAGUCGUUUUGGUCUGCCAGAACAACUUGUGAGCGACAACGGACCGCAGUUCAUCUCUCAGGAGUUUCAAAAUUUUAUGAAGGCAAAUGGGAUACACCACAUCACAUCAGCACCAUAUCAUCCAUCCACCAACGGAUUAGCUGAAAGAUUUGUGCAGACAAUGAAACACGCUUUGAAAUCAGCAAGGGGACAACACUCCAUUCAAAAGCAUCUGGAUACCUUCUUACUUUCCUACAGAAACACACCUCAUGCUACGACUGAAUGUACAUAUGUGAAAUUAAUUGGUUUUUCAGUGCUGAAAAAUGACUUCAUAUUUAUUCUUCAGCCGGUGCCCACAUAA